AUGGAAUGGGAUCAGCAGCAGCAGCAGCAGCAACAGCAACGGCAGCAGCAGCAGCAACAGCAACAGCAGCCUCAGCUGCAGCCACCCGAGUUUGAUACGGAUGAUGUGGAGCUGCAGCGAGCACUGGAAGCCUCUCUCAGAGAUGGUACUUCUCCAGACACGUGUUCCUCUGCUGCUGCUGCUGCUGCUCCGCGACAGCUGUCUGCAGCAGAAUUUUUGGCGCUGCUGCCGCAAGAUGAUGACUUGACAGAUCUUCUGCAGCCACCGCCUCCCCGCAGCAGCAACAGCAGCAGCACGUUCCCGCUCAGGACCGACAGCAGCUGCAGCAGCAGCAGCAGGAAGCUGCCGGGGGACCGCUUCAAAGUACCCCCAGAGUGGAUUGAAGAGGAAGAGCAACGUGGCUGCUGCUGCUGCUGCAGGGCCCCAAGCAGCAGCAGCAGUACUGGGCCUUCUACGAAGGCAGCAACAGCAGCAGCCGCACCGAGUGAGCAGCAGCAGCAGCAGCAGCAGCGGUGGAAGUCCUGCCCCUGUGCAGCAGCAGCAGCAGCAGAAGAUUCUCUUACGGAGGAGGAGCAGCGAGCCAGCCUUGACGCCUCCACGGAGCUGCUGCAGCAGCAGAAGCUGCGGGAGUUGCUGCUGCUGCUCUUUGGGGAAGGUGGGGACCGGCAAAUAGACAGAGAAGACUUGGGCAGGUGGUGA